UGAGUCCCAGGAAUUGGACCUCGACUUGCAGGUCCCUAACGGCUGGGAAAAGCGUCUAGACUUGAAGGUUCGUCCAGCAUCCGCCACCGCCAGCCACGUGAACUCUCAUUUGGCGACCAAAUCCCAGAGAACACACCGGAGCUAGGACAUAGCAGCCCCUUUAGGCUCGGCAUCCAUCGAAGAAAUACGAUGCCAGUGGCUGUCCGGUGAAUAUGUCGUUUUCAAGACUUUGUAGAAGAACCGAUCUCUUCCCUUACCUUAAGAAUUUACAGUAUACUUAUCCUGAAUCUAGGUGCACACCUAAUGCUUUAGGGUGGUCAAGUUACAAUUUCAUCCAAGCUAAUACAGGAUAUCAGAGGGGUUUCAAUUAUGAUAUAUGGGGUUUAAAGUUAAGAUGUGAAUUUAGUACAAGGCCAUUUGGCAAGUGUAGCCAGUUUUCACCUUUUGGUUCUGGGUAUGUUGGGAAGUCUUGUUCUUUGCUCAAUAUCCGACGCCACUAUGCUUCUCAAGCUUCCAGUGAACAGAAAUCAAGGAAGAUGCUUUUAUACCUUACAGCUUUGGUUUUUGCAAUGGUUGGAAGUAGUUAUGCUGCUGUUCCUCUGUACAGAAGGUUUUGCCAAGCUACCGGCUAUGGAGGCACUAUUCAGCGCCGUGAGAGUGUUGAAGAAAAGAUAUCUCGGCAUGCUAAAGAUGGAACUGUCGCCACAAGGGAGAUUGUGGUCCAGUUCAAUGCUGAUGUGGCUGAUGGCAUGCCGUGGAAGUUUGUUCCCACACAAAGAGAGGUAAGGGUCAAACCUGGAGAAAGUGCCCUUGCAUUUUACACUGCUGAAAAUCGAAGUUCAACUCCAAUAACCGGUGUGUCUACCUAUAAUGUCACCCCCAUGAAGGUACUGAUAAACACUGUUUAGUAUUUCAUGAUAACAAAUGUGCAGACUUUUCUGAAUUGCGAAUAGUGUUUCACUCUAAUAUCAUUGGAUUUCAUAUGAUAUGGUUACUUGGUUCUCUUUUAAAAUACUGACUUCUCUUUGUAUGAUUAGUUGUUGACUUCUCUUUUUAGGUUUAGGGGGUUAUUAGCUGUGAUUAAAUCUUAAAAAUAAACUUGUUUAUGCUGGUUAUUUUUGGAAGUUGAUUAUAUAUUUUGUUUUAUGUUUGUUACUCAGUGUGUGUGUGCGUGCACGUGCAUGUGUGCAGGGAAGAUGCCUGGACGUGCAUCUUCCCUUUUUCUGUGUUCUUGUAUUCUCAAGGUAGUUAAACAUGUAACUUGUGUCCAGUGAAAAAUGAUAAUGAAGAAUAGAAAAGUGGUGUAGGUGUAUUACGAUCAAGGCCUGCAAGUGUUUAUUGUUUCUAAAAAGAUUACUCGAAUUAUUGGGUUGGUGAAUUUGGGUUGACCUUUAGCUUUAGGUGCCUUUGGGGUCCAGACAUAUUUUAAGAUUCCUGGAAAUCCCAGAGAGAAUUUGCAGGCAUUCUUUUGUCUGGCUACAAAUUGCUCAAUGGAAUCUAGAUGCCACGGGUGUCCAGAUUCCCACAAAUUCUCACAUUUGUAGGUAUGUGGAUUCCCUUCAAAACAGGUGCGUAUUCACAUUCUCAAUCUCAGGGCAUGGGAAAAUUCUAUUUUUCGCAGAA